AGCUGCGCUUUACCCUUACCCCGGGGCCCCGCAUUUGACGAGUCGGUGUAGAGACACGCCAGCUCAUCAAUCCGCCGCCUUUUACAGGCUUGCCUACCGUAUUCUGCCCUUGGGAGCCCGCUCUAGCCGCCAAAUACCCAUACAGUUCAUUUCGCCAUGCACGACGACCUCCGCCGACGGGCGCUCGAGAGCGGAAAGACGGUGUCGCGCAAGGCCCGCUCGCGCCAGGUGUCGACCACGUCGUCAAAGGCCAACUCGAGAUUGAACUCCCCGGCGCAGUCCAGGGCCAACUCGCGCAAUCCCAGCCGACAUGGGUCCGACGAUGAGGAAUAUCUUAGCGACGGUACCGCUUGGAGCACAAACUCCAUCGACGAUAUUCUCAACAGCGAAGAUGCCGACAUCCCUGUCGACGCGUGGAAGUCGGAGCUGCAAACCCGCAUCGAGCAGAUUGUCGACCGCAAGCGCAGCAGCACCGAGGGGCGUGCCGACAGCCUGAACAGCUACGCACACUUCCUCAUGGCGCGAUACGCAAAGGACGAGAUUGACCCGCGCAUGAGCGAGCUGCUGCCGUCGAUACUGAGGAGCAUCAAGGCGGAGACGACCGAGCGCGAGACUGUCACGGCUCUGAGAGCACUCGCCGCGACGGUAAUCACUCUCGAUUCCGAAGAUAUCUACGAUUCAGUUGCCGACCUUCUCAAGCGCAUAAUCUCCGACUCCGAAUCCGUGCAGACAAAGAUCAGCGCCAUUCACGCUCUUGGCACCGCUGCCUUCUUCGGUGGAGCCUCUGAUGAAGAAAUGGAGGAUUUGAUGACAUUAUUCCUCGAGAUCGUAGAGUCAGACGGGCUUUCGGUCGAGGCUCACGACGAGGGAUCUGUAGUUAUUGCUGCCCUCGAGGAAUGGGGCUUGCUUGCCACAGAGAUCGACGACCUUGAAGAGGCCACCGAAGCAGCGAUCGAGGCGUUCGUAGACCAACUUCAGAGCUCGGAUGCUGGUGUUCAGAUCGCUGCUGGUGAGAACAUUGCGCUACUAUACGAGAAAUCGUACACGCCGCGCGAGGAUGACGAGGAGCAUUCGGACGAGGAGUCUGAUGACGAGGAAGCGGACCAUGGGCAAAAGAUGGUCAAGCGAUACGAUGUCUACCGAAGACAGGAUCAGCUGCUCCAUUCCCUCGACGAGCUUGCCACCGUCUCAACCCGGAGGAUUUCCAAAAAGGAUCGGAAAACACUCCAUUCCAACUUUGCCGACAUCCGCAACUCCGUCGAGAAGCCCACGCGUGGACCGAAAUAUUCCACAGCGCUCGACCAGGAGACUGGAAGAACCUACGGAGGCAGAAUGAGAGUGAAGAUCAAUCGCAGCGUCGAGGUCCGCAUCGACAAGUGGUGGAAGCUUCAGAGGCUCAAUGCUUUGAGGCGAGUUCUCCAAGGUGGCUUCACGCAUCACUUCGACGAGAAUGAAGCGGUUUCACGCUGCUUGCCAUUCUCAAUGUCGGGGAGGAGCUAGAUGGGAGGACCGAGGGUAUGGAUUCCUGGGGCAGGUUCACCUCACUGUUUGCAUACAUGGAUUCAGCAUGGUUCUAGGUUACCUUACUAUUUUCUUGUCUAUCACCAGCAUACAAUACCCCUACAUCCUUAGCGUCGGGUUCUGGAAGGAAUGCACCUAGAGGA